AUGGUCGUAACGGCUGCUUUAAAGCUCGCCCGACCAAAAACGACUUUCGCGCGUCGGCAUGGAAAAGCGUUAGAGGAAAUAGUAAACUUAUUACCAACUCUGAAGCUUCUAGUGAUUGCAAAUGCGAUCAGAGCGUUUAAUUUAGUGAUGAAUAACUUUUUCAUCUUAUGGUCGUUCAACGGAGUUGAGAGUUUCACGAGCAACUUAUUCUUUUGUGAGUUUUUUUUUGAACUUGCGAUGAGUGGCUGUAAUGCUACCUGCACAGUUGAAAGUAGCGGAAACCCAUCAAAACUGGCGACAAAACAAGGGACAUCGUUAUCAAGUACAUCAACGCGAAGAGUAGAUAUCUUUCGAUUUCAAUUCCGACUUCUAAGCCUCCAUUGACGAUUAAUAGAGCGGUGCAGCAUUUGAAAGACAUUGGAGCGUUGAUCUGUAAGUUUCGCACGUUUUUCCAGAGUUUUAAGCUUUUUAAAGGAGCAUAGCCAAAUCUUAUGAAGGUUUCGAAGCGAAGAGUCGUUUGUUGUACUUUAUUCAUCUAAACGGAAUUAAACUUACCGGGCAAACAAUCAUGAAUACGAGACUCAGGCAAAAAUCCAAGAUUGUAUGACAGGCCAGGAGGAUUUUGAAAGAUCCUAGAUUAUUUAUGGAUCUUUGAAGGAUGACGUAGAGAAGGAAUAAGUUCAGAACUAUAGAAAUACCCCCAGCCGCGCAAUUAUUGACGAAUGUUAUGAUGGAAAUGACGUAGGCAGCGACUUCGGAUGAGGCUUGACCUUCUGGAAGACGAGGAUUGAGGGAAGAUAGUAUGAAGCCAAGAAAGGAAAGGGAGAAAGUAAAGGGGCUUGAAGAGGCGCCAGAGAAAGAGACAUUGCAUAUUUCUUUGGUGUCUCUUCAGGUCAGUCUGUUUUUGGCUCAUUUUUUGGACUUCAUACCUAAUAUGUUGCCUGUUUUGAUAUUAAAAUAUGACAAUAUAUUUGGUUAUUUUUCCAGAACUAAGAGAAGUGUUGAAGGCUCCCACUAUAAAGAACCUCUGACUUUUCACUGAAAAUAUGAACUGCAAAGUUUUGAAACUAACCUUUAAUACUAGCCGCAGCGAGCGUCGCAUUAUCUUCAGACAUUCGAGUAUUUUAUGAGAGAAGGAAAUCUUUAUCCAACCCAUGGAAAACGGCAUCAAAAAUCAAGAAAGACAAACAAUUAGUCGCACUAAUUAGACUUUAACGUUGGAACUGCGUGAUAAUUGCAAAAGUCCCGAGUCUCGGUGCCGAUGUGUGGCUGAUUACUUUUCAAUUAUGAAUCAUCUGUCUAGUGAAGCAGAAGUGCUUUGGUUGUUUUCUGUGGUGUAGGAACGAUAACAACCUUUUGGAUGCAAGCUUUAUUGGUCUACUGAUUUGAAGAUGAAGGUGAUUCAUUCGUAGGCGCGAGCGUUGGCGUCACCUCCCCACUGGAGCCAGAGAAGGCCGUUGGCCGAGGCGACGAGGGCCGCGAAGACGGUGAGGACGGUGGAGGACGACAUCUGCCGAUGAAUUCUGGAGGAGAAGGAGGCCCCUUUUAUAGGUUGGGUCUGGACGAUUCUCAGGGAUAGAACAAAUUGAAGAAUGGGAACUGACUAAAAGUUCAUGGACUCGAUUCGGUUCACAUUCUUCAAUUUAACUUUUCCUUGAGAUCCGUCUUGAUUCAACCUAUAAAACACCAGCUUCUUCCCUCGAGAAUCCAUCGGAAGAUGUCGUCCUCCACCGUCCUCACUGUCUUCGCGGCCCUCGUCGCAUCGGCCAACGGCCUUCUCUGGCUCCAGUGGGGAGGUGACGCCAACGCUCGCGCCUACGAAUGA